CUCGUGCCUUAAAAAGCUCCAAGAUCCAGACUACUGUACCGCUAGUGCCUUGUAGCCCUGGCUUUUUCUCUCGGCCCAGUCUCGGGGAAUUUGGUGGUGGUGCUGUUAAUAACCCGGAUGCCCCCCAAAACGCUGAUAAUCCUGGGAUAUCGGGGAACCUGGUGGGCCUAAGUUACUAAAUAUCUACGUUUAUGGAUUGGACUGCAGUGUUUUGGCUACUCAAGAGCUUGUUUCUCAAAUUUUAUCCGUUUUUUGAGAGGUGGUGGGUUUCGUUGUCGCAAUCGCUUUCUCGGUUAAUUUAGUUAUCGUUACAUGGUCCUCGAGUCUCAGGGUUAUUAGGCUCAGUGCUACAAGUGGCCGGCGGCCAGUAUCCUUGUAAUACCAGUAUACGGAGUAAUAUGAUACUUGUACAAUAAUACGAUAGCCUGCGGGUGCUCGGAAUGGGGCACGAGAACAGCAGAUAGCAACGGCCCCUACGUGUCGAUAUGAUGUUACGGUGGCAUGUUUUACGGUAGCUCGACAAAACGAAGGAGAUGUUCUGGUGGUGGUAUGAUAAUCUGAAAAGCGCACAAUUCUAUCUUAUGCACUUCGUCUCCGAAUGCGGAUAAAAGUGAUCACGCAAACAGCGAUUUCUAUGCGGUCAGGAAUGAUAAGGUACGGUACUAGUACAUGCGGUCCCAGAAGUUCUAGCCCUUGAAAUCUUGGCGUGACGUCUGGCGUCACCGAGCCCUGAGCCCCUCCCGGUGAGUUGAGCCUCAUAUCCUUCCCCACCACCCGAGUCCUGGUUCACCCGGAGCCAAAUUUUUACUCUAUCAUAGCAAACACGGAACAAAAUGGAGAGAAUCGUGACGCUCGAUAAGGCAAUAAAUGCCAUAAAGACGGCUGCUGAGGAGAUUCCCGUAAUGCUCACUGCUCCCCCCUCCCCCCACCGUUUCCUAAAAUCUGACAUGACGGGGGUGCCUUCAGGCCGACGACUUUAUUUCAUACUCUACUAUCCUCGAUGUUCACUUAUCAUACGCCCACGACGUUUUCUCCCAGGAUGAGCAGCACAAGCUGUUGGAGGUUUUGGGGGAAAUUUUGGAAACUCAUGUCCGUUCGCUUUUUCCUGACGUGGAGAGUUGGAGUUGAUGUUGACGAAGCGAGCGAAUAGGAAGAUCUGGCUCGUGAAAUCUCUUGGGAUUUGAUUUCAGUUUUAUUGCCCUUCCUCGAAUCCCUGUCUCCGGCAACCGUUCAGUUGGCCGAAUCACAUAUUGCGUUUGCAGCGGCCAAGGGAAACCCCCGGGAGGUGUUUAUCAAGAUUCUCGAGUCGUUAUCCGCCAUCAACUGGUCGCUGCCACUUACUGAGGAUGAGGACGAAUAUGGCGAUGGUGAUGGUGAUGAUGAUGAUGGCGAUGAUGACGAGGAAGUGGUAGAGGCGAAACAAAGGUCGAGGAAAGAAACUACCGGAAAUGCCUUGAGGAAAUUCUAUGCCUUGUUAUCCGCCUUGUCUAUUGUUCAUCCAAGAAUAUUUACCAAAUUUCCUUCGAGGUUUUUGUCCACGCAGUUGACGACAUUGUUGGGAGUUUUUACGAAAGCUGUCCAAUGGCUUGAUAGACAGGACGUCGACGGGGCCCUGAGAGGGCUGCUGGAAUUUGCGGAGCUCGUUAAGCCCACAUUGGUGGUACCCCAGAAGCAGAGCGUAGUGAAAGGUGAGAGACCGCCGCUGCCACCACGCACCCUGACAAGCAGUACGAGCUCCUCGCCUGCACUGGUUCCCACGGAUGGGAAUGAACCAACCAAGGAACCUGAGGGGGAUUCUCCGGAAACCACUCUCCAGGCCCGUCUUUUGCAGUCGUUCUUGUCGCAUGUUCUGGAACUCUACCUUUUACGCACUCGGAAUAUCACGGGGAGGGGGUUGGUUGUUGGGUGGGCAGGGCAGUAUGACUCUGAGGUUGUGAGAAAGGGUAGAAGCGAAGUUCCUGGCGGGAAGACUGCAAUCGACGAUGAAAGAGCCGAGAGGGCAGUGCAACGGGAUGUUAAGGCUCUCACGGAAGACAUCGAGGGAUUGUGUGAGGUGUUGGGCUUAAAGGUGGAUGAACUUGUGAAGAUUUGUGAGAACCAUCAAGGUAGGAGUUCUGUCGCUAUCGGUAACAGUGCUAUUUUAAGACUAAUUGUCUCAGAGCCAGUUUCGCCCGGUGACGAGGACCACGAAGACCCAGCACCGCCCUCGUCAGCUGAGGACAUUCCGCUCUCUAAAACGGGAGCCCUACUUCUCCUAGCGCAGCGGCUCACCCGCUAUCCCCUCUCGUCCCUUAGUAUAUUCCCUAGCCAUUCCGACAUAUCCCGUAACUUUUUGGUCAAUGGAUCCGGCCAGCAUCAACCCGCUAUCGUUGACGCAGUACUAUUUCUCGGCGCCCUCGCCCUCCACCAGGGCGGAGGCCUGGGCAGUGCACCAGGACUGGACGACUUCCUACUCUACCUCCAAACUUUCGCCGCCAUUUCGGCCACCUCCUCUUCCCCACAAGCACGAUUUCUCGCACAUUAUCAUGUGUCGACAUGCAUAAGCAAGCACCCUGACGAGGCGGUCAGACUAGCAUACAUAAAAGACACCCUAGAGCACUGCCCGUUUGAAACGCUCAAGGCUGCGGUGGUCGGCAUUCUCAAGGACGAAAUCCUAUCCGCUUCUCUAUCAACACCGCCAAAGUUAAACUCAAUCUUUGCAUCCCCAGUUUGUCUGGAAGAGCUAUUUAACGUGCUUUUCCCCGAGGUGGAAAUUGGCGAUUUCGAUGACUUUAAGAAUUAUUAUCCAACACUCGUGGCAACUGCAAAUUUUUACUACUUCCUUGUCCUUUCUCCCGCUUGUAGGGAGAAAUUGGGAGUCGGGGAGAGGAAAUUUGCGGAGAGGGUUGAGAGGAAAUUUCUUACCUCGGUUGGGAGGGCGCUUGAGGGGAUUAGUCCUGAAGGUGGAGGGAUGGAAGCUGAUAUUCUGAAGGAUGUUAUCGAGAGGAUUCGGGAGAAGGUUCAGGAGGUUUGCGUUUAGCCAGCAAUGUGUGUCAAUCAUGGCAUCCAUCUGAGGGUAGAGCACGGGAAGUUUAAUCUUUGACUUUUUUCCCUUUGCAUGUUUAUACUAGGGGUGGCGGAUAUAUCUGGUAUGAUGGAGUGGAGGGGGUGUUUUUGUCAUUCCGCUGGUCGCUGUCAAGAUGCUGCCGAGGCUGGAUUCAACUGUAGGAUAGUGAAUGCCCGUGUUUACACGAUAUUCUAGCUUGCGCGCUGGCUAAAGCUUGGCGAAAUGUGGAGUCGAUCCCAGUUGUUCGUUACCCACGGGCUGGUAGUUCAGGCAACUGGCGUUUGAAGCCUGCGACGGUGGAACCGCCCACCCGGCAAGACCAAUCUGCUGUUGAAAUUGGAAUGGUACGAUAUAAGGUUUCCGGACGCGCUUGCUGUGUAACGAUGUCUGAAGCCGAUCUCCUGUGCAAUAGGAGAUGCUCCCUCUAAUACCGGUUGGCACGAUCGUUUCACUGAGUAUCACUCGGGUUCAUGAUCUGGGCUGCCAUAUGAUCCUAAAUUAAGUUUGGAAAAAAAAAACGGUCAAGGUCUCAAGUGCUAUCGGUUUUUGAGAAAAAAUCCCCUCAAGUGCCACAGCAGAUCACCAAUACAGCAUUGGGUGGCAACCAAGUUUUCAUGUUUGGCCACCUACUGACCUGCAAUCCUGAUAAUUUUCUUUUUUCAAAGCUACGAUACUGCGAAGGUGGAAGACUAGUGGGCGGUAUUAUACAUGAUAAAUGAAAGCAGCAGAAGUGGACACAUGCCCACGGAUCUGAUAAGCCAUGGGGAACUGUAAAGUAUCCUGUCCCGCUCACCCUGCGCUCUAGCAGAAUUGUAUACAAGACCGGGGGGAGGCAUUCAAUUUGGUGCUUCCUGUCACUCUGAUCGUGGACAUGUUUGGCACGUCUUAAUGAAUGAAUGAGGAAAACUGGAAAUCUAACCUGGUCGAAUGCUAUCCAUUGUAUAUAGUGGGUCUGGAGUGGCAAUUGGAGGGAGCGGUGGAAUCCGAAGGGAAAUUUUUUUUUUUUUUUUUUCCGAAAACCUAUGGCGUUUCGGACUUUGACCGUUAUGAUAGUUAAAGACGAGGAAAUAAAUCACUUUUCCCGCG